GCCUUGACAGAUGACGCACGGAUACAGCAUCCUGGCCGACUUUAUCGAGCGAAACCUCAAGCCUGAUCAAAAGGGAAAGGAGAGUCCCUAUCAGGCAUUUACGAAGCGAAGAAAUGUUGGGCUGACUGUCAAUCCGACACUGUUUCCAAGUAUAUAUUGCUUCUCGGAGCUAUAUGACGAGGAGAAAAAGUUGUGCGAUCAGAAAGUGCUUGAGCUGGAAGAAUGUCUCGACGAGUACCAGCAGGCGGCGAUGCUCAACUUUGGUGAAAACACGGAUGAGGUCACCAAGUCACAGAUCGAGUACAUGAGCCACGCACUCAAGCUGAUAGCUCUCCGGAACGAGUUUGUCCGGAUCCAGCUCGCCGGCCAGCCUUUGAACGACGAGUCCAAGAGGAGAGAGCUCUUCCUUUCGUACAAAAAGAGCAUAUUGGUGGAUGCCGUCAGACUAUACUACCGUCUUGGCGCUCGUGGAGGAGCCAGUGCCGAGUCGCUCCUGCAAGAUGAGGUCAUAUCUGGAGACAUCGACGUGAACUUCAACCGAAUAGCACAGGCGACAUUCGAGAAAUGCCAAAUUGCAAUACUGCAGACCGAUCUCCUCAGAGAAUAUACACUACAUAUCUUGCAGGAAGCAAAGGUAUACUGCGACCGCCUGUCAGAUGAACGAAUGGGUAGACUGUUCAAGGUGAACGAGAAUAUCGAGCUGCCGAGCAUCAACGGCGACAUCAAAUACGCCGUGACGCUGACGGAAGAAGAUUACUCGUCCAAGCAAAACAUCAUAAACUCGUUUGUGUCGGAGCUCUACAAAAUCGGGCACCAGUAUGUUCACGAUAAAACAAAAGAGUUCAACGAAUCAAAAAUCAACGUUAAGCUUCGAGGAAAGGCUGCAGCCAAUGCAAAAGCUCCCUCGCAGAAUCUGAUGAAUCUGAUUGAAGACUCCAAGGUCUUUGUCUGCCCUCGCGAUGAUCUCACAACUGUGAUCACGAAACUGGCCCAGAGUUUUACCAAAUGGAAGGAGUCUCGACAGCUGGAGAAGGAUGACCUGAACAACGCGCUGGUCAACCGGCUUCUGGAGACGAUCAAGAACCGCGAACGACUAGUCCAUUUUUUGGCUCAGGAGCGGAAAGAGCUCAUCGAGAAUUACAAGCGCGAUGUUCGGCUGGCAGCAAGCAAGCUGGCUUGGGACAGCGUCGCGAACACAGCCUCCCUUGCUGUGGAGCUUCACGAACUCCGCAAGGCUCGACGAGCCGAGGAACGCAAGCUGCGCAACCGCAUCAUCGAUGAGUACGAUGACCUCGUAAACGAACUCGUGAUGGAAAUUCACGUUCUGCGCAACCGCUUCCAUGAGUAUCGCAUCAACACUGUGCACCAAGUCAUGGGAAUCAUGAGCGAGGCCAAGAAGGAAGAGCUUGCCAUCGUCGUCAACAACCAUGAGAUUCCAAAGACGAUGCGCAACCGAGCUGUCGUUGCAAUCGACCAUGAGGAUCAAAUGGAUCAGCUGCGAACAGAAAACCACGAGCUCAAGAUGACUUUGCUCAAGGUCCGCUCAAUGUACACGAUCAAAGAACAGGCACUUCGAAACUCGUACGACAAAAAGAUCCGGAAGUUUACUGAGGACAACAAAAACGCCGAGGAAAAGCUCUGGGACAGCUAUCGGGAGGCCGAAGCCAGAGAGCGCGCUCUUCGAAAGCAGCUUACAAUCGUCCAGAAGGCACAAGUGUCGGCUGACACCGAAAACGAGACUUUGCAACGGCUGCUCAAGGAAGAGCAAGCGCGAUCCCGACAGCUGGCAGCCAACCAAAAGUCAAAUGAUAGAGCACAGUCCGCUGGAGCCCGACAUGCGAGGUCGCCAGCCAGUGCCUCGGGGACUCGGUCGACACCGCCCGAGUCAAAAACUCCUCUGCAAUCAGUCCCCGAUAAGUCAGCCCCUGCAACAUCCACAAGUCUGAUGAACGAACUUGCAGAGAAAACAGCGCUCCUGGAGCGAUUUGUCAGAGAGCGUCAAACAGUCGAGUCCUUUAUAACCGAGGUAGCCGGGACCGGUCGAGCACGUAUGAGCACGCCCCAACGCCCUAUGACAUCCCUACCCAGCGUCAAGAGCCCGAGAGCUGCACCUUUAGUCCGUCCAAAAACGGCAACGAGGCCAUGGGACAAGAGCACCGGAGGCGCCGAUGACGAUAACGAGUUUGUUGUAAUGGUUCGGAAGCUGGUGACAGACCACAAAACAAUGAAGCGGCAGCUCAAGCAGCAGGAAACAAAGCUCACAGCCAGCGUAGCCCCUCCAUCGGUGAAAAAGCACGACGUCUCCUUGACCAUUGCGGAGGUCUCCGACGAAGAGGCGCAGGAGAGCCUGUUCGUCGAUCCGAUCGAGAUGGCCAACUCGACCACGGCAACGCCCCGGCGAUCGAUGUUCUCGCCAACCCCACGGGUCUCGAUGGCAUCCAAUGCGUCGUCUGUAUCGGAAUCAUACAUACACGACGACCUCCCCGGGAAUCGCUGGGCUCCAGGGGCAACGAAACCGUGGCUCUCCAACACCGUCGGCCCCACCCCGCGCUUCUUUGGUCCUUCGCAGCGCAAUUCGUUCGUGGACCGAGACCCAGACACACCCGAGUCCCGGCCGCACUCUGCCAAGCGCCUGAGCCGACCCAGCACUGCGAGCAUGGGACGGGCGUCACCCUCAGGAAUUGGCAGCGCAAAAUCAGGCAAUGCCUCUGGAACACCGACAAAGCUUGGAUUUGGCGUCUCGAUGCAAAUCGAUGCGUUGUCGAUCGAGGGAAUCCAGGGACACAGCCCCAGUAAAGAUUCAGCAACGAAGCCGCCGAAAUAGCAGUGCUGGGUGCACGGCCGUAUGGUGAAUUGGAUUCUGCAGCACACCCAUCGCAACCAUAGCCAAACAGUGUGUCCAAUGAGACCGAAGUGGCGGUCGCCUUUGGAAAGGCCUCCUGGCGUCAAGACAAGGGCUAUUGCACCCAGCCCCAAGAGGCAGCGGUCCACUCGCAG